AUGACACCCAAUCCACACGUUAACCCGAAAACCUUAACUGAGAACAAUCAGGUUCUUGACGAAAUGAAAAAUGUCUUAGAUUUAGUCGAAAGUGACCAAACGCCGCCCAGAACACACCAAUUAUUACAAGAGUUGCGAGAUCUUAGUAGUAUGGCAAUGGAACAUUUCGAUGAACAUAUACUACCUAGAGUUAAAGAACAAGUUGAUCGAAAAACAGCGUUAUCUUAUGGUUGCCCAGCUUCAAGUUCGAAAACGCCAAGACUUAUAUAUGCGCACAAUUCACUGUCCAAUGAAAUACACAAAGUUAAAAAACAAAGUAAAACCCAUAAGUAUCAUAUUUCAUUUUUAACACUGAGUACUCAAAAAUUAUUCCAAAAGCUGAGAAAACAAAACAUACGCAUAAAGGCUCAAUCACUGAAAAUAAGAGAGCAAGAAAAGAAAAUCCAGGAGCAACAAACGAAGAUUCAAGAACAAGAAGCUACUUUGGCUGACUUUAAAAAGCACAUCGACGAGUGGAAUCAAAAAUAUAAAGAUCUAACUACGGAAUUCGUACGCGCAAUAGAAACUUUCGUGCCUGCCACGUCUCCGAGAUCUUCACCGGUUUCAUCUCCGACUCCAGCAACACCUCGUUUGUAUAAGACGAAAUAUCAAACCGCGCAAGACCCAUAUUUUACCCAAGAGCUACUCGGGAUUAAAUUUUGAUCUAGAAAGAAAAAGAAAGUCUAAUUUGUUGCCACGAUCUUCCCUUGAAGCGUAAUAAAGCUGGGGAAGAAGGUAGUGAGAGUGGUAACUUGAGAAUUGUAGAGCUUCCUAGUUUUAGCGGCGAUAAUGAAAAGGGUGAUAGGGCCACUUCUGAGAAGGCACCUUCUAAAGUAGUUUAUGGUUCAAAGUCAGUAUUUAGUAAUACGGAUUUUGGACAAAUGAUAGAAAAUUGGUUAUUAAAUCCGUUAAAUAAUAUAAAAAGUAGGAAGCGAAAGAUGCACGAAGAUA